UUGUUGUGCUAGUAAAACCGUAACCAUCACAAUUAUUUUGGUGCAAAUAUUAGAAGGAUUCCUGAUAAUGAAGGACUGAAGGUAGAGAAGAAGAAGAAGAUUGUUUGACUUGAAAGAAUGGAAGCAACAUCUAUUCUUGUGCCUUGUGUGCAAGAGCUAGCAAAAGAGCCAUUGACCACUGUUCCACAUCAAUAUAUUCGUCCAGAUCAAGACCCUCCGCUAUUAUCUACCACCAUUAGUGAGCCUUUGCCUCAAGUUCCAGUGAUUGACCUCUCCAAAUUGUUGUCCCAAGAUCUCAAGCAAUCUGAGCUGCAGAAACUGCUUCAUGCCUGCAAAGAAUGGGGCUUCUUUCAGUUGGUUAAUCAUGGAGUGAGCACUUCAUUGGUGAAAAAUGUGAAAACUGGUGCUAAACAAUUCUUUGAUCUUCCAAUGGAAGACAAGAACAAGUUGUGGCAGACAGAAGGAGAUAUACAGGGAUUUGGUCAGUCCUUUGUUGUAUCUAAGGCACAGAAACUAGAUUGGGCAGAUAGAUUUUACAUGAUCACACUCCCAUCUCAUAUCAGGAAACCCCAUUUGUUCCCCAAUAUCCCCCUCCCAUUCAGAGAUGAUUUAGACACAUAUUCUGCAGAACUGGAAAACCUUUCCAUCCAAAUCCUGGAGCUUAUGGCAAAUGCUCUUGCAAUAGACCCCAAGGAAAUUAAAGAGCCAUUUAAGGAAGGUACACAAACAAUGAGGAUCAAUUAUUAUCCUCCAUGCCCUCAACCAGAACUUGUGAUUGGCCUGAGCACUCAUUCUGAUGCUGGUGGCAUCACAAUCCUACUCCAAGUUGAUGAUGUAGAAGGCCUUCAAAUAAGAAAAGAUGGCAUGUGGAUUCCUGUUAUGCCCCUCCCUGAUGCGUUCAUCAUCAACAUUGGAGACACUUUAGAGAUGAUAACUAACGGGAUUUUCCAGAGCGUUGAGCAUCGAGCAACAGUUAAUUCAAAGAAGGAGAGGAUGUCUAUAGCUACCUUUUACAGCCCUAACAGGGGGGCAAUGAUAGCUCCGGCGCCAAGCCUUGUUACCACAGAAAGACCAGCGCAGUUUAAGCGUACGAGUGUAGUGGAAUACUUUAGAUGGUACUUGUCACGACAACUUGGUGGGAAAUCACACCUUGAUGAACUCAGGAUACACCAUGAAAAUCAUUAAAACAUGUCAGGAGUUAAAGGUUGUUAGAGACUAGGAGUUGAUUAGCCUCCGUCUCUUGUAUACAUAUAUAAAUUCACUCAUAACAGGAGCCUGUUUCUCUAACUCAAUUCUUAACCAUGUUCUGCAGAUCA